GGUUCGGGACGUAUUCAAUCACGUCAGCAACUCUCUCUCUCUCUCUUUCUCUCUAUAAACUCCAGAAUCCAGAUACCACUGAAUACAAAUCUACUACUGCAUUUCAUCCCCAACUAGCUAUCAAGCGAUGUCAGGUCCUCAGUGCUGCGAAAAUCCACCAGCUCUUGACUCAAGCUUUGGCGGCGUAGGGCAUGAGGAGGAAAUUGGAGGCCUCAAGUGCUAUGUUACUGGGCCCCCUCACUCCAAGCUUGCUUUGCUUCUGCUCUCCGACAUUUUUGGAUAUAAAGCUCCGAAAUUGAGGAAACUUGCUGACAAAGUUUCAGCUUCUGGUUUCUAUGUGGUCGUUCCUGACUUCUUUUAUGGAGAUCCUUAUGUGCCUGAAAAUGCCGAUAGGCCUUUGGAAAAUGCCGAGAAGCCUUUUCCUGUUUGGUUAAACGAUCACGGACCGGAUAAAGGUUUUGAAGAUGCAAAACCAGUAAUUCAAGCUCUAAAAAGUAAAGGCAUAACCAGCAUCGGAGCUGCAGGCUUUUGCUGGGGAGCCAAGCCUGUUUUGGAACUAGGAAAGUAUGCUUACAUUCAAGCUGCAGUGCUAUUACAUCCAUCAUUUGUUUCUUUGGAGGAUGUCCAGCCGGUUAAGGUUCCUAUUUCAAUACUGGGAGCAGAGAUUGACAGAAUGUCUCCACCGGAACUCUUGAAGAAGUUUGAGGAGGCCUUAAAUGCCAAACCUGAGGUUGAUAGCUUUGUGAAGAUAUUCCCGGGGGUCGAACACGGAUGGACGGUGAGGUACAAGGAUGAAGAUGAAGUGGCUGUGAAGUGUGCAGAUGAGGCACAUGAGGAUAUGUUGAACUGGUUUGUGAAAUAUGUUCAGUAAAAAACAUACAUAUACAGAUGUAUGUCUACUUUCCUUGGCAGAAUAAUUUGAUGGUGUGGUAGCAUUUUGUCCAUUAUUAGAGAGGGGGAAGUCUAUGAACCCUGCAGAGAGGUGCAAUAGAGGAAAUGUUCUAGGUAAUGCUCAUAUAGUCAUAAGUACUGGUGUGGGUUUCACAAGCUAAGUUUGUUGUUUUGUUCUGUUCUUUGAUAUUUAUGAAAGCAUUGUCUUCUUGUUUA